AUGUCUGGACAACACAAUUCCAACGCAUCUCCUGGUCAUAACCUCAACAGAUCUCUCACUCAUACCCCAAACACACCUCCUGGAGUUAACCAUAGGCAGCACCAGAUUCAUUCACGAAGCAAUACAGGCUAUGGCUAUCCCGCUCCUGUUAGUGGCGGUAAUACGCAAGGUGUCCCUCAACAGACUGGAAAUACUGUGGCCUUUCCUUAUAUUCCUGCUGCUCAGGGUGUGGGUGCAGGUCCUACUCGAGGCGAACCGGGCCGUGUCAUAAACCAUGCUCCUAUGGGAUACCAAAAUUUACACAGUGCACUGGGACAACCUCACAGGAUGGGCCUUACCAAUUACCACAGUGAUCUCAUAAAGCUUCAAAGUCGUUAUGUGUCCCCUAGUGCACCUUUGCCAUCUUCUGUUCAUACUCAGAAUGAGGCCCCACUACGUCCUUACGACUAUAGCCCUCCUGCGCCAGAACAUUUUGGUAUGUAUCCGACACCACAGCGACAGAAAACCGCUGAAGCGCAGAUGGAUGGAUUGCAAAGACGUGGAAAGGCCGGCAACAUGUCUGACAUUGGGGAUAAUGGUCAUCAAUUCACUAAAUUCAAGAAAUAUUCCAACAAGAAUGUCUAUGACUCUGUCCUCAAAAGACAUCACUCGGGUUCAUGUCCUCGUACCGGUGUAGCGGGUUCUUCUUCUAUCAGGCGAAACAUAGUUCCAACAGCUUUUGGAUUUGAAAAGUGCCAACUAUGCGGCCAACCUUUUGGGACCAGUGACACUGGGAAUCAUGAGCGUAACUGUCUUGGGCACAUCACAACGAAGGGAAAGGGAAAGGGGACGAGGGAGGAUGCUGGAAAAGAUUAA